CCCUCAUACGGCUGUUGUUCGUAAAAUAACCCUGGGGACGAAGUUGUGUUUUAAUAAGAAUUGUCACUGAGACCAAACAUACGCCUUCGUAACAUUUAAACAGUGCGAAGCAGAAAGAUGAGUAGUGAAAAAGCUGUUUGUGGGUGCGGCGUUACCUUGGUGGUGAUAUUUUGUUUGCUGAUUGUCAUUCUGAUACCGCUCAGUUACUCUGACAUUGACUACUACGAUAUGGGAUAUCUGAAGACAAAAACAACAGGUUUUGUCGACACCGACAAGAUCUACUACAGUGGAAGACACUGGAUGGGACCAGCGAAAACAUUUAAAACAUUUCAAAAGUCAGUGCAUACAGAAAACUUCAAGCGUUUGUCCAUCUUCAAUAAAGAAAAAUUGGAAGUAAGAAUGACUUGUUCGGUGCAUUACGUUCUUCGACCGGAAGAUUUGAAGCUGUUGCAUGAUACAUACGACGUGGGGUAUAAGCCAAUCCUACGCACUACCAUAUUAGCUGCUUUAAAAGGCGCUGCAACAAAGUUUACAAUCGACGAGUACAGACUUCAAAGAAGCAUUGUCGCUGAAGGCUUGAAGACAGCUGCUUCGAAAGCACUGGGUGGGAUAUGCUGUAGAAAGGAUUGUGAAAUCAAUAGAAUGGAACCGUGUAGUAAAAACUGUUUAACGUAUUCGAAAUGCAAAAAGAAAGACAAAGGUGUGUUUGCUCACUUGAAGUAUUUUCAGCUCCAACUUGUUGAUAUCACUGAAGAACAAGAAACAAGAUUUUUAAGACAGGUUCUUCUGCAGGAAAUGAAAGACACUGAACUCUUUAAGCAAGAAGAAAAGGUGACACGUAAGAAAACAGAAGAGCAACGAGUUAUCAUCGAAAAUCAAGCAAAGAUCGUUGCACAUAAUGCAACAGCGAACAGCGAUUUGAUCAAAGAAAAAGCCAAUAUCGCAGGGGAAAGAAUAAGAGAAGAUGCCAGAAACCGAGGUUUAAAAAUCAUUUAUGAUGCUCUCAAUAUAACAAAUGAGGAACACAAGAAAACCCUGGAUUACAUUCGAACCUUACGUGACUCUAAGAAUGCCAACAUGUACAUUGGUUUCCAAUAUAUGGUAGCAAGACCUUGAAUCUAGUGGGUCCACAUAGUGAAUAUGGUGGUCGAACUACAUUAGAUCAGAUGAUUUUUGGGGUAGUCAUAGAACACGCUCUUAAAACUUUUAUUCAGUUAACAUUUGUAGUAAAGCGUAUGCUAAAAAUAUAUUCAAGUUUUUUUGACGAUUUGAUGUUGUAUAUAAUGAUUUUUUGUUUUUUGUUUAACGAAUAAAUGAAAUACAUUUUAUGGUGCUUUUCUUUUUGGCAACCUAUGGUGACAAAACACAGGCAUUGACAAUUGCCACUCUAAUUAGCCGCGAUACAUGGUGUUUUAAUUUACGUUAUUAUUUGUUUAUCCUGAAAAUCACGCGACCAGGACAAACUGAUAAUUGUUUGUGGAAAAGACACUUGCUCUUGGUAACCUGAUUGGAAAGGAGGCCCUCCCAGCCUCCUAAGAACUAUCCAUUGUUGAUAUUAUGGUGUGCCAAGCUAGUUUCAAUUUCGAAGGCGUUCCUUUCUCAACAUAUGAAAAAGUUUAGACGACACAAACAAAGAAUGCAUUCUAUUAUUUUAAUAUAUAUUUUCUCAUAAAAUACUAUCCUAAUCUACAAAAUAUUUUCAUGAGGUGAAUAUUUACAUACCGUAAAUAUCUAAAGUAAACGCCCUGUGGUCCAGUGUAGCACCAGGUGAGGGGAGAGGGGGGUUGCAUGAAAUACCCCCAGGCCAUAAAUCUGGAACAGCUUAUGC